AUCGCCAUCUUCUCCAACAGAAAGAACAGAAAAUGCCGUCGAUGCGAAACCUACUGACCGAGAGGAAAUACCCUUUCCUCCUGACCCUCGCCGUCUUUCUCCUCUCCAUCCUUCUCCUCUUCCUCUUCUCCAACCCCACCAGCCGCCUCUUCUCCUCCUACUUCCCCUCCCUUAAAGAUCUCCAAGCCUCCUCUCGCCCCCUCCCACCUCCUCCUCCCCACUUCUCUCCCAUCCCAAGCCCCGAUCCCCUCCCCGAUCCAAAUCCUAAUCCUAUCGAAUCCGUCGAGGACAAUGGAAGCGACGAGGUGUUUGAGUUCCGAUGGGAGAUCUGUCGAGGAGGGAAGGGGUUCAAUGUGGUGGAUUUCAUGCCUUGCCUUGAUAACAUCAGGGCGAUCAAGGAGCUCAAGUCAAGGCGGCACAUGGAGCACCGGGAGCGGCAUUGCCCCAAGCCGAGCCCAAGAUGCCUCGUCCCCCUGCCCCCGGGUUACAAGGUGCCGUUGCCGUGGCCCAAGAGCAGAGAUAUGAUCUGGUAUAACAAUGUCCCUCACCCUAAAUUGGUUGAGUAUAAGAAGGACCAACAUUGGGUGCAAAGAUCUGGUGACUAUCUUGUUUUCCCUGGAGGCGGAACUCAAUUUAAACAGGGAGUAACAAGCUACAUUCACUUCAUCGAGCAGAUUCUGCCAAUUAUUGAAUGGGGGAGGCGCACAAGAGUUAUCCUGGAUGUUGGUUGUGGUGUUGCUAGCUUUGGUGGAUACUUGCUGGACAAAAAUGUCAUUACCAUGUCGUUUGCCCCGAAGGAUGAGCAUGAAGCUCAAAUACAGUUUGCCUUGGAGCGUGGAAUUCCAGCUUUCCUUUCUGUAAUUGGAACCCAAAGGCUUACUUUUCCUGAUAAUGUAUUUGAUUUAAUUCACUGUGCAAGGUGCAGGGUCCACUGGGAUGCAAAUGGUGGAAAGCCUUUGUUGGAGCUUAAUAGGAUUCUCAGACCUGGAGGGUUUUUUGUAUGGUCUGCAACACCAGUUUAUCGGGAUAAUACAAGAGAUCAAACCGUCUGGAAUGCUAUGGUACUUUUGACAGACUCCAUUUGCUGGAAGAUGGUGGUGAAAUCUAUAGAUGCUACUGGAAUUGGAGUUGUAAUAUAUCAGAAGCCUGUUUCAAAUUUCUGCUAUGAGCAGAGAAAAGUAAACAAUCCACCUUUGUGUGUUCAGAAGGAUGGACCUAACAUUUCAUGGUAUGCUCCCCUUGACAGUUGUCUUCCGCCACUCCCAAAUAGGUCUGGCAAAGAAUACAAGUGGCCUAUUGCCUGGCCUGAGAGACUUAGAACUGGAAUAUCAAGUGUGCCUCAGGAACUGAAUAGGAUAUAUGCUGAAGAAAAAUAUGAUGAUGACAUGAAGCACUGGGAAACACUUGUAUCAGAAGCAUACUCGCAUGAUCUUGGGAUCAGCUGGUCUAGUAUUCGUAACGUAAUGGAUAUGAAUGCUGGUUUUGGAGGGUUUGCAGCAGCACUUAUCAAUCAGCCUCUCUGGGUUAUGAAUGUAGUACCUGUCCAUGGACCUGAUACUUUACCCAUUAUCUUUAAUAGAGGGCUCAUUGGCAUAUAUCAUGACUGGUGUGAAGCUUUUAAUACAUAUCCUCGAACGUAUGAUCUACUCCAUUCCAGUUUUCUUUUCGGGAAUCUUACACAAAGGUGUAACAUCAUAGAAGUGGUGGCAGAAAUGGACCGAAUACUGAGACCAGGUAAAUGGGUUGUGAUCCAAGACACCACAGAAAUGAUAAGGAAGAUGCAUCCCAUUUUACAAUCACUCCAUUAUGAGACCACCCUCUACAAGCAGCAGUUUCUUGUUGGUAAAAAGGAUUUUUGGCGUCCUGAUAAUAAAGAAUCCACGUUAUGAUCUUAGGCGUUGCCUUACACUUAAUCAAGUUUUGGUCAAAGCAAGACAUAUUUCACAAGAUUAUUGUUCUAUCGCUAGUUUACCCACCAUUCCUGAGGAGGAGGUGUUGAAAUUCAUCAUAGAAAAGGCAGUGGCUCCGAUGCCAUAUAUCAUUGCGAGUAGGCUGCAUCUAUGAAGUCCGCUGGUUCGAAAUAAAUGUGAAAGCUUGUCGGUUACGGAAUGGUUAAUUUCAGAGUCUUAUGGGAACAGAAGUUCUGGUCACUCUUAUUCUCCAUGGCUGUUCUUGUGUGCCAACAACAAUUUAUCAAAGAUUGAUCAGCCAUUUUUUUUUGUAAAGAUAGGCUAGUGAGUUCUUAAUUUUUUUUUUCUUAUUUUUUGAAUGUGAAGUAUUUGCUCGGAUGCAAUGCCACUGAUAGUUGGCUCUUGUAUCUGCAAAUUUCAAGGUUAGACACGAGUUUCAGUAUUUUAUUCUCUUAUUGUCUUGGUGCA